CAAGGUCGGGAGUGUUGGACCUCUGCUGAUGACCCAGAGCCAGGUCUUUCCCAGGAAGAGUCCCCACCGAGGAUGGACAGACAGGACGAGGACAGUGACGAGGAGGCCUGGCUGCAGCUCCGGCCCGUGCAGCCUUUGCCCUCCCAGUGCUGUGGCGGUGGCUGUUCUCCCUGUGUAUUUGACAUCUACCACCGAGACCUGGCCCAAUGGGAGGCUGCCCGCGCCCGCAAGGACAAGACCCUGCUGAGUGGAGACAAGUCCCAGAGCGGCCCCUCCCAGCUGAACACAGAGACCUUCGUGGCCUUCCGCAUCAGUGACAUACAUAGGCUCACCCAGGACACGUACCAUGUCCGCUUUUCUCUGCCUGGGCACAGCCAGCUUGGCCUGCAGCCUGGUCAGCACCUCAUCCUAAGGUAUGUAAGGGCGCGUGUCGGUGACAUGGACAUCCAGAGAGCCUACACGCCCAUCAGCCCUGUCAGUGCAGCCGGCUACUUUGAGGUUCUAAUCAAGUGUUACCCAACGGGGCUCAUAUCCCAGCAUGUGGAGUCCUGGAAGGCAGGAGACACGGCUUUCUGGCGGGGACCUUUCGGAAGUUUCUUCUAUCAACCAAACCAGUACGGUGAACUCCUCAUGCUGGCUUCGGGCACUGGUCUGGCCCCGAUGGUGCCCAUCCUGCAGAGCAUCACUGACAAUGAGGAUGAUGAGACCUUUGUCACCCUGGUCUGCUGCUUCCGGACCUUUGAGGGCAUCUACUUGAAGUCCUUCCUGCAGGAGCAGGCCCGAUUCUGGAACGUCCGCACAGUCUUUGUACUCAGCCAGGAGAGCUCCCUGGAGCAGCUUCCCUGGAGUUACCGGGAAAAAACCCACUUUUGCCGCCUGGCCCAGGAACUGAUGGACGAGCUGGUUGCAUCCUGUCGAAGGAAGCCGUUUGCCUUGGUCUGCGGCUCGGCCGAGUUCACCCAGGACAUGGCGGGGUACUUGCGGGGUGCUGGUCUGGCAGAGGACUCCUACUUCCUUUUCUAG